CCGUAUUAAUCUGAACAAACCACACAAAACCGUGUCGUUUUAGAUGCACAUCUCUCUGUGCCGUCGCGGACCCUCUUAUCUUCCCUACCAAUUCCCUCCUUUCUUCUUCUUCUUCUAAAAUUUCCAUAUUAUUUUUCUAUCAAUUUUCUUAUAUAUACACACACACACACAUAUAUCUGUAUGUAUUCUACUUUCAGGAGGAAAGAAAUAUGGAGUGUGACAGCCCUCCCGUUAAAAAGCGAAAGUUAGAUGCACAUCAAGUGAACCAUUCUGAAUCCAAUAAAGGGCCGAAUCAAGUCUUGCCAAAUGCGAAUGAAAAUGGAAAUUCAACCUUUUUUAAAGCACAAGUUCCAAAUAAGGAAGUUGCAGUCAAUCAGGAUGAUGGGUGUAAUGCUGUUAAAGAAACUCAAAUGGAGGAUUCCCAGAUCGAACAUUCUGACCUUGAGCAAGAAAGCAAGAAUAAGAUUGUGACUGAAGGUUCAAAGUUGACCACCAAUGAACAGGGCACUGGUACCGCACCAAAGAUAGAUGCAGUACGUAUAUUAAAAUUGUAUGGAAAGAACAAAAGUAGUGAAGUUAUGAAUGGAGACGAUCUGCCGCAAAAGAUUUUAGGUUCCAGUGAGGAAAAUGGUCAUUCUCAUUCAAGAAAAAAGCUUCUCGUUCUUGAUAUUAAUGGGUUGCUUGUGGACAUUGUAUUAGACCCAGAUGAAGGCUACAAAGCAGACACCACAAUAGGGCCCAAAGCAGUAUUCAAGAGACCAUAUUGUGAUGAAUUUUUGAAGUUUUGCUUCGAGAAAUUCAAUGUAGGGGUUUGGACAUCAAGGACAAGAAGGAAUAUAUAUAGGGUUCUUGACUUUCUCAUGAAAGACACUCAACAUCAGCUACUUUUCUGCUGGGAUCAAUCUCACUGUACCGAAACUGGUUUUAAUACUAUAGACAACAGUGACAAACCCUUAGUUUUGAAGGAACUUAAAAAGUUAUGGGAAAAAGAGGAUCCUAAGCUUCCAUGGGAUAAAGGAGAAUAUGAUGAAUCUAACACCAUUCUUUUAGAUGACUCUCCUUACAAGGCUUUACGCAACCCUCCAUAUACAGCGAUUUUUCCUUAUACUUAUAGUUACCACAAUGCAGAAGAUACUGGUUUAGGACCUGAUGGGGACCUUCGUAAUUAUUUGGAUAGGUUGGCAACAUCUGAUAAUGUCCAAAAGUUCAUAGAGCAAAACCCAUUUGGCCAACAACCGAUCACGUAUAACAAUGAGUCGUGGAAAUUUUACCUAAAGGUCAUCGGAUCCGAUCAAGUAGUCGGCCCUCGCUACAGAAAGAAACUUCUUAUUAUUGAUGUGUCCGGGUUGCUUGUCGAUGUAACGGCUCCACAUGAAGGAUAUAGGGCAGCCACAAUACAAGGCUCAAGAGCAGUUUAUAAAAGACCACACUGUGACGAGUUUUGGCAGUUCAUCCUAGACAGAUUUAACAUCGGUCUCUGGACGACAACAUCAUGGAGAAAUAUAGAAUGGGUUAUUGACUUUCUUCUGAGAGAGAGUCAACAAAAACUGCUUUUCUGUUGGGACAGGAGUCACUGUACUGAUACUGGUUUCUCUACUGUUGAGGACAUAUCCAAAACCUUAUUUUUAAAAGAACUUAGAAUGUUAUGGGAAAAGAAAGAUCGAAAUCUUCCAUGGAAAGUAGGGGAGUAUAAUGAAUCAAAUACACUUCUUAUCGAUAAUGCACCGUACAAGGCUCUUUUAAAUCCCCCACAUACAGCAAUAUUUCCUUAUCCUUUCCGUUACUGGAUGACAGAUGAUAAUUCUUUGGGGCUAAAAGGAGACCUUCGUGUUUAUCUUGAAAGGGUAGCAGCAUCUGAGAAUGUCCAAAAGUUUGUACAGGAGAAUCCAUUUGGUCAACGGCCCAUUAGAGAGAAAAAUCUAUCAUGGGGAUUUUACCAAAGGGUUAUCCGUGCUUUUUCAUCAAGACAAAAGGGUAAGGGUCCAGCAGAUACCCAAUGUAAUAAUUCAUCUGAAUCUAGAGCUGACACUACUACUGCUUUGGCUGCUCCUGUCGCAUUGGAACAAAGAACUGAUAGUAACACUUUAGUAGCUCCAACCUGUAUGCAAACAAAAACAAACACUGCUACUGUGUCAAUUACUCCAACUUCCUUGGAAACCAAAAACGACGGUGCUACAGCCACAGUUACUCCAAUCUUAUCAGAACCAAAUAACACUACUGAUUUGGUUGGCACAACUGUAUUGGAACCAGAAACCGACACUGCUACAGUUGCGACUUCUCAAACCUUAAUGGAACCAAAUAAAGAAGCCACCAUUGAUUCGGUCUUUCAAACCUCAAUGGAAAUGGAUACAAACAUUACUUCUGUUGCUCGAACCUCAUUGGAACCAGAAGCCAACACAACCACUGUUUUGGCUGGCCUGGCUUUACGGGAACCAGAAAUUGAGACAACUACUGGUUUGGCUUCUCAAACAGUAUCCAAACAAAAAUCGGACACUACUGCUUCUUCAGCUGCUUCAACCUUAUUGAAACAAAAAAACAGUAAUGUUGCUUCAGCUGCUCCAACCUUGUUGGAACCAGAAUCCGGCGCCCCAGAUAUGACUUCUCCAACCUUGAUGGAAUAAGAAGUCCAGACUACAGAUUUGGUUGUCCAAAUCCCCCAAUUGUCAGCAGCUAACAAAGAUGUCCUUUUAGGGGCUGGUAAUGAUGGAUCGUCAGGAAAGUGAGUAUGUAUCCCGCUCAUCCGUAUAUGUUUUUUGACUCCAUGACACGUAGGACUUUGUCUUCGUAUUUACAAUAGAUUAUCUAGCAUAGAUAUUAUUUAUUCUUGUGUCGUUUUAUGUUGUAUUAUUACCGGAUUUUGUGAGCUGGUACUACAUAUGACAAAGAUAUGGAAGUUGUCUGUGGUGGACCAUCGUGGUGGUCGUUGUGAGACUACUAGGUUGAGACUUCUGGGUCAUCGUAUUCUACUUUUACCAAAAUAUGAACAUUUUUCAGCAUUCUUUGGGUUGAUAUUUCACCUUGGAUCAAGCAUAUCUGGCCGCAUGAAGGUUUCUACAUUUGUUGGAAAGAUCAACUCGGUAUGCCUGCUAAUACUUUGCAUAAAACUUGUAGUUCGUAACAGUUAUAUACAGAUACAGUAUAAGUUCUAUAACAUUAUUAUCUUGGACCUUUGUAACAUAGUUGGCUGUUUAAAACUUCUAAUAUCAGGUAACUUUUUUCUAUUA